AUCCAAUACACCUUAAUAUGUCUGCCGGAGAACGUAAUGGCGAUAAUUCUAUCAUUAACUUCCUCAAAACAAAUGUACCCAAAUCGGACCGAAUCAACAUCGAAGCAGAGUUGAAAAAGGACUUUCUCUUAGCUAAAAAGAAGAGUAAAAAGCGCCAAAAGAAAGUUAAAACCAAGAAAAUUCGUACUUUAACGAGACGUGAAAAAAAAUGUUUGGGUUUCUAUGAUAUACCAAGACGUAGCGUCAAAUACGAAGAUAUGCUUCCUAUGCACAAUAUGUGGAGUGACUACGUGAGUCAAAUGCUAGAACUGGACAAGCCAUUGCCGGACUGUACAAGUAAAAGUUGGGAGCAGUUCACACAAACCCUGUACCGGUCUGAUUUCCACGGCAGCUUGCUUCACGUGGUCCGUUCCAAAUGCCCAAGCUACGUCGGCAAGAGCGGCAUAUGUAUUAUGGACACGAGGAACACGUUUAAAAUAGUGUCGAAAGACAAUUUGGUGACUACAGUGCCUAAAUUUUGUUCUGUGUUUGAAAUGCACAUAAGGAAUGUGGCGGUGACUUUGUUCGGGAAGCAUUUGUGUGUGCGGCCAGCAGAAAGGUCAUCUAAGAAAGUAAAGACUCAGUUACAUCCUGAUCUAAUAUAAGAUAUGAAUAUUGUGUUAUAAAUUCUAGGUUUU